UCUAUCGCGAGGUUACAGCACCAGCCACUUUGACUGCUCAUUUACAUUAGAAAAGAAGAAGUAUAAAGUAAAAGAAGUAAAAGAAGAAGACGACACAUUUGAGCAUAGAGUUCAAAUAGUUUGCUAACCACGCAGUGCAUUGUUACCCAGUAUUACCUUCACUGCAGCUGGUGGCGGUAAGGAGAUUAGUUUGUGUUAGUGCAACCUUCCAUGAAACCAGAGAAGAAGAAACGGGGCCAAUAUGGCAGCGUACAUGAGAAGCGUGAUAUGUCUUGUUUCCACGGAGCGAAGUGCUUUUCUGUCAAGGGGAAGCGGUGUUUUCGCUGAGGCGAAGCGGUAUGUACGCGCUUUGAAAAGGAGACCUGUCCAGGUGUUGAUGCCCGACACCGAGACGGAGAAAGUCCUCAAGCCGACAGCAGGGCGUCUCGCCCAGAGGCAGAAGGGGGGACACGGUCCAGCCACCACGAAGCAUCCCAAAGAGGACUUUGUUAAAGCGAGGAGUGAUGUGCAUUCAACUGUAACGCAUGCUGUUAUUAAAGAUCACAUUGAUGGACUUCGCUUCGAGAGGGCUUUACCCGGAGAUAAACGACUGGCGAGGUUGGUGAGUGUUGCUCGUUCCAGGACAUUUCGGGAGCAGCAGGGUAAAAUCCUGCUGGAGGGCAAGCGUUUGAUCUGCGACGCCCUGGAUGCUGGAGCCAACCCACAGAUGCUGUUCUUCAGUACCGCGGAUCGGCUCCGGGAGCUGCCUUUAGACAAGCUGAAAAGGUCCACGCUAGUCAAAGUCAAGUUUGAGGACAUCAAGAUCUGGUCUGAGCUUGUGACCCCACAAGGGGUGAUCGCCAUAUUUUCUCGUCCGGACCCGUCCCGUUUGAAAUUCGCCAGUAAAGGUAAUUGGGUGCCGUUGUCCUUGAUAUGCGACAACAUCAGAGAUCCUGGCAACCUUGGGACAAUGUUGCGAUGUGCUGCCGCUGCUGGCUGCCAUAAUGUCCUUCUCACAAAAGGUUGUGUUGACGCUUGGGAGCCUAAAGUUCUGCGUGCAGCUAUGGGCGCCCAUUUCCGCCUACCCAUCUACUCCAGCUUGGACUGGGAUGACAUGGAAAAACAUCUCCCGAAACCUGUGACUGUCCAUGUGGCUGACAGCGGCUGUGGCACCGACAGAUGUAGCGACUCAGAGGAUUCACAAGUUAACGUGUCUCAUAAACCUUCCAAAGCAGGAGACUAUGGCUGGGUCAGCACAAAGCCUAAUCGCAACAUGCGCUACGAGGAAUACGACUCUGAUUCGGACUCCGAUUGUGAGGGUGGGGGACUUUCACUUCCCAGAGUGGACUCAAAGCUGUACCAUGAGAGCUGGGCACAGAGGGCAACUGCUCUUGUGAUAGGUGGAGAGACGCAUGGUCUGAGUGUAGAAGCGGUCCAGUUAGCUGAGAAAACCGCCGGUUGCCGGCUCUUUAUUCCUGUCGCUCCUUUGGUGGACAGCUUGAAUUCAGCCAUGGCUGCCAGCAUCCUUUUGUUUGAGGGCAGGAAGCAACUGUUGAAACUGUUGCAGACACCUGGAGGGAAAUUUAAAGCAGAGCAGUAGUUUUCAUGAUGUGUGACUUUGGUGUGUAUUUAUCAUCACUACAGACUGAACUGUAUUAUUUAUAUUUACAUUCUACAUCCUGUCCUGCUAACAAUAAAACUUCAAUUUCAAAUCAGAUUUGCGAAA